AUGGCCUACGAGAUCAGUGAGAUCAAAAAAAUUGGCAUAGGUCUGGUGGGCUUUGGCAUCCUGUUCUCGUUCCUAGGUGUUAUCCUUUUCUUCGACAGGGGUUUGUUGGCUCUGGGUAAUAUUUUCUUCUUGACUGGAGUAGGCCUCCUUCUCGGUUGGCAAUCUAUGUGGCAGCUAUUUACAAAGAAGGCAAACAUUAAGGGAUCUGUACCUUUCUUCCUUGGUCUCUUUCUUCUAUUUGUCAGAUGGCCUGUUGCUGGUAUAAUCCUGGAACUGUAUGGAUCUUUUGUCCUCUUCAGUGGUUACGGGGCUCCUAUCCAAGCCUUCCUAUAUCAGAUUCCAAUCAUUGGAUGGAUUCUGCAAUGCCCCUUUCAGCUAUUUGGUCUGAGGCGUAAGCGUGCUUGA